AUGGAGUUCCAACUAAAAAUAGUGGCCGACCUCGAGACCGCUGCGGACUACGUGCGCGGUGUGCUGUGGUCAAUUCUGUUCCACCGGCUGUUUGGCUGUGUUAGUGCCUCGCAAAGCAGCUUCUACGGCGUUGCUUACCCCUUAGCCAAUAAUCCUGAGCUUGAGGAGCUGGUCGAUGCCAAGGCGCAGGCCCUGGCCGAUGCCUUUUCACACGAGGCGUCCCGGUCGACGGUCGACCCCAACGAAAACAUGGUGUUGAAAGGCGUCAUGGUUCUCAAGUUCUACGACCGCGAGGUCGAGCAUCCAAAUAGCAGUGUACCGAACUCGCGGUCGCAGUCGCAGUCGUCUUCGGUGUCAGUGUCUCCAAACAUGGCCAAGUACGCCAAUUGCUGGGAGAAAUGGGUUCUCAAGAUCAAUAUCCUCAAUAAUAAGAAUCCGAUGCUUGAUGUCAACGGAGCCAGCAAACUCGAUCUACACAAACAGGAUUUUGAGAACAACCUGUUUGCCAUUUUGGAGUACGUCGACACAAACAAAUCGCAUAUACCUCCGAUCGCCAGCGUUGACAUAGCCCCAUUUCCCUUCAAGGUACUGUUUGCUCUAAAUACACACGAAGCGCACACUUUGAAUAGGGCAUUCCGCAAUUUCGAGGUUUCCGACACCGAAUCCGACGAGUUUAUUGACUACAGCAUGGAGUCGUUGCCGGACACUUUUGAACGGAACAAAAAUGCAUACACAGGACAGGAGAUGCUGAAGACGGGCUACAAAUUUAUCAAAAAGCUAUUGGAGUAA